CUGAUCAUCUAUGUCAUCUGAUGAGUGUUUUCUGUUAGUCUCUCUUUGCUAUAUAUUGUCUACCAGGAAAUGAAGUUGCACAAUUAAAAAUUAGCGGGAGAGAGUUGGUUCGGAGCUUCCUUGUAUACAUAUAUUAAGUCGGGUGGUGGUGUAUAGAAAAUGAUACUUCAGAGGUGGGUGUUUUUGCUGAUGAUGUUGCUACUAGUGGCUGCAGUAACAGGAGCAACAGCAAAUCCAGAUGUGAAACCUGGCUGCCAAGAAAGGUGUGGGGAUGUUAUUGUUCCUUACCCGUUUGGGAUCGGGGAACGAAGAUGUGCCAUGAAUGAAAACUUCUUUCUAGAUUGCAAUUCCACUGAUGAUGGUCAUCAUGAACUGUGGUUUGGAGAGAACAUGCCUGCUCGCAAUAUAUCAUUGCUGAAUGGCACAGUCACUGCAGGCGUUUAUAUAUCGUUCGAUUGCUAUCACAAAUCAGGGCUGCAGGACAGGCUUUUCAACUCGUAUAUGAUACUUGGAUCAGGCCCCUUCACAUUUUCAGACUCUCGAAAUAUGUUCACAGCAGUUGGUUGUGAUACCGUUGCCACGGUGACCAACGAGGAGGUGACAUUCGGGGCUGCUUGUCUCUCUUUAUGCACUAGAAAUGUUACCAUGUCAAAGAAUAAUUCCUGCUCAGGUUCUGGAUGCUGCCAGACCUCGAUUCCAAAGGGUCUCAAGUCUCUGAAUAUUACCAUUCAGAGCACUGACAACCACAAGAAUGUUUCCGAAUUUAACCCUUGUGGCUUUGCUUUCCUUGAGGACAAAGACUCCCUUGACCUGUCGGAUUGGCCACUCUCUCGAACUCCAACAGAUUUUGAAACAUCAAAUGUUGUGAUCGAAUGGGUAGCUCAAACCGAGAAAUGCGAAAAGGCUCAGGCCAAUAAGAGUUCAUAUGCUUGUGGCAUCAAUACAAAUUGCUAUUACUCCGAUAAUGGUCAAGGAUAUCGUUGCGCAUGCAAUGCAGGAUUCGAAGGAAACCCAUAUCUUGAACAAGGGUGCCAAGAUAUUGAUGAGUGCAAGGAUCCCAAGAAAUACACAUGUCAUGGUAAAUGCCACAACACCAUUGGAGAUUACGAAUGUAAAUGUUCUCUUGGCAUGCAUGGUGAUGGCAAAAUAGGUUGUCAAGGAUUUGCUAUCACUACCAUUAUAGCAGUCGUAGGCGCAAUAGUUUCCCUGGUGAUUAUUUGUCUAUUGCUCUUCAUGAUCUUGAGUAAAAGAAGAAAGGACAAGAACUUCAGAGAAAAUGGGGGAACGGUUUUAAAGCAUCAAAGAGUAAGGAUUUUCAGUGAGGCAGAGCUGACAAAAGCAACCAACAAUUAUGACGAUGAUAAAAAAAUCGGGGAAGGUGGUUUCGGUUCAGUUUACAAAGGAAUUUUAGCAGACAAUACAGUAGUUGCUGUCAAGAAGUCCAAGGGGGUGGACAAAGCUCAGAUGAACGAGGAUUUCCAACAUGAAAUCUGCGUCGUUUCACAGGUCAACCACAAGAACGUGGUAAAACUCCUGGGCCUGUUCUUGGAGACCAAAGUGCCAUUACUAGUUUACGAGUUCAUCUCAAAUGGAACCCUUUUCAAGCACAUCCAUGACAAAAGGUCACAGGUAUUGGCUUCCUGGAGCAAUCGUCUGAGGAUUGCAUCGGAGGCUGCUCUUGCGCUUGAUUAUUUGCACUCUCUAGCAGACCCUCCAGUUAUUCACGGGGAUGUCAAGUCGGUGAACAUUCUAUUAGACGAUAAUUACACGGCAAAGGUAGCAGAUUUUGGAGCUUCGGUGCUUAUUUCUCCAGGCCAGACCAAUAUUCUAGCCACCAAAAUACAAGGAACUUUCGGCUACCUGGAUCCAGAGUAUCUUCUGACGGGUAAUUUAACAGAAAAAAGUGAUGUGUAUAGCUUUGGGGUAGUUCUUGUGGAGCUUCUCACUGGAGAGAAGCCAAACUCAAAUGCCAAGUCAGGAAAUAAACGGAACUUUAUUCAGUACUUCAACUCAGCAUUGGAAAAUAAUGAUCUUUUUGGAAUUUUGGAUUUUCAAGCUGCUGAUGAAGCUGAGAUGGAUGAGAUCGAAGCUGUUGCUGAGCUUGCUAAAAGAUGCCUGAAUAGCAUAGGAGUAAACCGCCCAUCCAUGAAGGAAGUGUCCGAGGAGCUUGCUAAGCUGAAAGCCCUUAAUCAGAAAUCAUGGGCCCAGCAAAAUAGCGAUGAGACAGAGCACUUGCUAGGCGAACCAUCACAAUCUUUCCGCAACAACGCAAGUCCUCCCACGAGUCAAUCCCAAACUGUCAUAUCCUUUGAGAUUGAAAACUACACCGAUAGCAUUUAAAUUUUGAAUUUGCCAAGGAAACAUGCUGCACUUUCGGAGGGCCAAGAAACUGUUGUCAAGCGUGUACUUAAUAGGUUGUUUGAUUAAGUUGCAGCUUUAUUGGUAGUGAUUGAGUAUUAUUGCCUCCAGGAUCCUGCAAGCUCAACAUGUUUCUGGAUUUAUCCUUUCUUUUUUCAUCAUGUAAAGUAAAAAUUGUGGGUUUACAAGAUAAAGAUCAUAAUAAAGCGAUCAAUUUACAUGGUA